CUCAGAUAUCUGAGGUCAGGUGUUUUCAACCAAAGUACAUGUGACAAAAAGUGUGCACACAAAAGCAAACGAAUAAGGAACUAACAUUUCAGACUUUUGAAUAUGAUAAAUGGCGACAUGAACGUGCUCAAAACACGUCUUUAACUUAAUUGAAUAUUUGUUGGUUGGGUUUUCUGUAAUGUAAAAUAUAAGCUGCACUGAUUAAAUAAUCUUUCAAUCUCAUAAUGCAAACGUAUUCAAAUCAUUAAAAUUAUAUAUAAUAAACUGAAAAUAAUUUGAUAUUGCUUUUUGUAUUACCGAUUUUCUUGCUAACACAGAUGGGCAUCUUAAGUGUCAUGAUUUUGUUGCAUGUCAACAUUGGAAUGUCAGAAUGACAUCACAACUGACUAGUAGUAGAUAACUGACUCCCUCUGUGUUCAUAAGGCAUUUGCUGUCAUUUAACGUGCACUGCAUUGAACAAACACUCUUCAACAUGGAACGGAACGAGGAAGGUCAGGAGUGCUACUUUAUUGUAGUGAAGAGAAGUAAGAAGGGCUUGUCUCGUGGGUCUAUUGGGCGCGCGGAUGCGGAGACAGCAGCAGGAGAUCUCAUAGGAAUGGUUUAUGGACGAGGUGGCGGCGCCAGGAGCAGUGGCAUGGUGAAGAAGCAGGACACAUACCCACUCACACGCCAUCAAGCUCAGCUACUUCUGUCCGUUUCUCCUACCAGCAGGCGGCUGGAGCUCCUGUACAACAUCCAGCUCUUCACUGCAAUCUGUGCUCUUGCUCAGGAUGAUCUUGUAGUGGUCAAACACAAGAAGGACCUUCAGCCAUGCCUCGUCAAAAAUGUGAUUCAAUUAGGCAAGAAAGACAAACCAGGAGUCUUGCAGAAGCUUGGAUUUGAGCUGGACUUAGUGGAGACUGAGCGUGAUAUUUUGUCGAAGAAGUCUGCCCCUCUUCCCUUCUUCAGUGCAGCUGACAUUGUCCAGGUGGCUCCAUCACAUUUAAACACCAGGCAACCGCUGAGAGACAGUGGUGAUUUGGGUUUAAAACAAAAAACAGUGUCUCACAUCAAUUCCAUGGCAGGUCUCAACUCACACAAUUCAGAAAAGCAAAGUAUCUUAUUAAACACGGAUGUAUCCAGCUCCAUUCAUGCCUUGUCCCAUUAUUCUUUGGAGGUGGGGUCCAUGGCAGAGGUCAUAUCUUUGAAUGGACAGACCGUGUAUGGGGUGAUCAGAUGGAUUGGAGUUCCAGAGGGAAAGAAAAAUUGCUGGGCAGGACUUGAACUGGACAAUGAGGUGGCAACUUGUUCAGAUGGGACAUUUGAUACAAAGCGGUAUUUCACAUGUGAAGGAAGCAAAGCUUUGUAUGUGCCUCUGACAAACUGCAAACCAGACAGCAGAUUUCUGUUCAUCCCGAAUGAGAUCCCGAAACCAGUUGAACCUCCCUCAGUCACACUCCUGGAAGAUUUAACUGAAGAUGUUCCCCCUGUUGCUGAGCAAGAUGUUUUGUCUCGUCUGGUUGGCAGAAUGAAGGGAAUCCAAGGUCACUUCAACUCCUGCUAUCUAGAUGCCACUCUCUUUAGUCUCUUCACAUCAUCCACAGCUUUCAACAGAAUGUUUAACAGAUCAGCAGAUACAGAGGAAGGCAUUUCACACAUUUUAAGAUGGGACAUUGUGAACCGUUUACGCAGAUCAGGCUUUGUUCCAGCAGAGAGUGUGAUGAAGUUUCGUAAACAGCUGGGCUGCAAAUCUUUUGCUACAGAGGAGAAAGAUCCAGAGGAGUUCAUCACCCUACUACUAAAGCAUGUUUUACACAUAGAACCAUUGCUCAAAAUCAGGUCACAUGGAGACUCGGCACAGGACGCCUAUACGCAUCAGAUCAUUGUAGAGAAGAAUCAGGUGCGAGCUGUGCCUUCAGUUCAGCAGCUGCUUGAGAUGUCUUUCGUGUCAAGCAAUCUAAAGUUUGAAGAGAAUCCAUCUUGCCUUAUAGUUCAGAUGCCACGGUUUGGAAAGAAGUUCAAGAUGUUCCCUAAAAUCAUUCCCUCGACAGAGCUGGACAUCACAGACAUCUUGAAUUGCUCUCCCAAGGAAUGUUUUCUGUGUGGUCAUCUUGCAGAAUAUGAGUGUGUCCAGUGCCUGACGGACCAUAAGCUCCAACCAGGCAAAAUUAAGCAAUAUUGCUCCACCUGCAACACACAGGUUCACAUUCAUCCCUCCCGAAAGGAACAUACACCUCACAAACUUACAGUUCCAGAUCAUCUUCCUGAAGAUGCACCUAUACAGAGGCACCAGAUGCAGCUGUUUGCAGUCCUCUGUAUAGACACCAGCCAUUAUGUGUCUUUUGUUAAAUAUGGGCCUAACCAACGGUCCUGGAUCUUUUUCGACAGCAUGGCUGACCGAUGCGGUGAUGAUAACAAUGGCUACAAUGUUCCCGUGAUCAGGUCUUGUCCUGAGGUCGGAGACUUCUUUUCCCAAUCUGAAGAGGAAAUAUCCAAAGCAGAUGUGAGUCAGUGCAGUGAGCUGGUGCGCCGACUGCUGUGUGAUUCAUACAUGUGUCUAUAUCAGAGAACAGAGCUAGCAGAGACAUUUGUGAUGUGUUAAGACAUUAUCUCUUGUGUUAUUACAUCAUUAGAGUUGACACAGGAGUUACACUGAUGUUUUACUUACUCAGAUUGUUCUUUUGUGAUUUCUAAUAAAACUGUAUUUAUAUGUAAAAGGGCUGAUGUACGUUAAGACACUUUAUCAGGUGGAACUAUACAUUUAUACAGAAGCGACAGUUUCAUUUAUUUUGAUAGUUUAGUAUGUUCAGUAUUAUUUCUUUUGUAGUACGUUCAGUAUGAUUUUUGAUCACAUA